GACAUAUACCCUCUCUUGUAUAAUGUUCCCGACCUUGAAGAAGGAACUCCGAGACCUCAUUCAGUAUCGCAAUGCAUACUUUCUCGCAUUCUCAGCCGGAACAGGAUUCAUCUGCCUCGGUUGGGAUGUAAGUUUACUGGGUGGCUUGCUCGCGUUACCAUCGUUCCAAAAGUAUUUCGGUCUGCUCUCAGACUCGGCCUCUGCGCGCGCUAGCUUGAGCGGAAAUAUUGGUUCGGUCCUGCAAGCAGGAGGCUUCUUUGGGGCAUUAUCUUCAGGCUAUUUUACAAGUCGAUUUGGGAGGAAGCCUAGCAUGUUAGGGUCCGCAAUUAUCUUCCUCAUUGGGAGCAUCAUUCAAUCAACAAUCGGAAUCGGAAUGUCCUCACACGUUGGAUUGAAGGUAUUCUACUUCUCCCGUUUCUUCGCCGGUAUCGGUAUCGGUUUGUUAUCAGCUUCGAUCCCAACAUACAUAUCCGAAUGUUCUCCGAGAGCCAUCCGCGGUCGAUGCAUCGGCAGCAUUCCGGUCGGAAUAGCAAUUGGAAAUAUGCUAGCUUUUUGGGUCAACUACGGCGUUUCUCUCAAUAUCUCACCAAGCCAAAUGCAGUGGCGGGUGCCUAUUAUCGUUCAAGUCAUACCUGGGGUACUCUUUUUGUUUUUGAUGUAUUUCCAGCCUGAGUCCCCUCGAUGGCUUGUUGGAUGCGGCCGCUACGAGGAAGCAGCUGCAGUCCUCGCAUAUAUCGCGAGAAAGGAUCAGGGUGACGAUACCGUCGUGGUGACUCUCCGCGAAAUUCGUGCCGAUUUCGCUGGGAAGCGCAACCUUUCCCUGAUCGGCCAAAUCCGUAGGAUGGGAGAAUCGAAAAUCAUAUUUUUGCGCUGCAUCAUCCCUUCCAUCGCUAUCGUAUUUCAGCAGUGGUCCGGCGCAAUCGCGAUCACUUACUACACCCCUCAAAUAUUCGCCAGCCUCGGUUUAUCUAGUACUUCCCUGACGCUACUUGAUACUGGCAUCUAUGGUGUCGUAAAAUUCGUCGCCACAUGCUUCACUUUAACCCACAUCAUCGAAAGAUGGGGUCGGAAGAGGACCAUGAUCUACGGUGGCCUCUUGCAGGGGCUGAUGAUGCUAUGGGUUGGUGGGUAUGCUGGUGCCCACCCCGGCCAGGGCAUUGUGCCAACAACCUACAUAUCUAUCGUUGCUGUAUAUUUCUAUGCCGUUGCCUAUUGCGCAGGCUGGGGAUACACUCCCCACGUCCUCGGCGCUGAAGUCGCCCCAGGACAUCUCCGUCCACUUGCCUUAUCCCUCGCGUCCGGAACCGACCGGCUUUUGACAUAUGUCAUUGCCCAAGUCACACCCAUCAUGCUCGACCACAUAACCUAUGGAACAUAUAUUAUUUUCGGCGUCGUUUGUUUCAUAAUGGCGGCGUGGGUCUACAUCUUCCUACCGGAGACGACUGGAUACCCGUUGGAAGAUAUCAAAUAUCUUUUCGAGAAGGAUAUCAUUAUUCGCUCGCUGGAAGAUGCGCCCGGGGGGUGGAUCUUCCUUGGGACGCGCCGCGCUGCCACUUUGCAUGAGCUGAAAAGUAUCAGUGCAUCCCCCACAGAUAGUUCUGAGGAGAUUUCGAAGGAGCUCAAAUUGCAAUCGGACGGAGAGUUGGGGCAUGGUCAUUCGCUGGGAGGUUCACACAAGUGGGACGAGAGCAUUAUUAUAUGAAUGCUCCAGUCCAUGUUACGAAGGUUUCGAACGAUAUCGGCUCCGUGUGUAUGAUGUUCGUAUUUUCUUGUUGCUGUUACGCCCUGUAUGAAACACUUUCAUAUGUAGUACUAUUUACAUAACGCAUUGCGCAACCCCAGAAUCUCCCCACUUCUCAAAAUAAGCUUUCCAAAAGUCACUUGCCAUAAACACGUUUUCUUUUUCAUCAUAUUGUUUUGAUGAUCAUAUCUCCGAUCAUUGAUUUUCCUUUUAACGGUUUCAUGUGACGUUUACGAGAUAAGGCCCAAACCGGAGAUAUUAUAAGCUCAAUGCUACUUUCCUCCACAUUACGAUAUAAAGCAAUGUGACGCUUCGAACGUUCAACCGGAGUGCCCGGAAGGAACCGGCACCACAUGUCCAGCCGAGCGAGUGUUCGGUUCCUUUCUUCGUCGUUACAGUCUCCCCCAG